UAGUGCGCAUGCUCCGCGGGGCCACGGUUCUCCGACCUGCUGUGGUAGUGUCAGCUCCUGUGAAGGAAGUUUCCGCUUUGCACCCCACCCGGAUCACAGUUCGGUUGUAGGGCCCGCUCUCUCCGGCUCCACAUCAGCGCAUCUGGAUCAUGGGGUUACCCAAGGGGCCAGAGGGCCAGGGACUCCCGGAGGUGGAGACGAGAGAAGACGAAGAACAGAAUGUCAAGCUGACUGAAAUCCUGGAGCUCUUGGUCGCAGCUGGCUAUUUCAGAGCAAGAAUUAAAGGCUUGUCUCCUUUCGACAAGGUAGUAGGAGGAAUGACGUGGUGUAUCACCACAUGCAGCUUUGAUGUGGACGUGGAUUUGCUCUUUCAAGAAAACUCUACAAUCGGUCAGAAAAUUGCUCUAUCGGAAAAGAUUGUCUCCGUCCUCCCAAGGAUGAAGUGUCCCCACCAGCUGGAGCCCCACCAGAUCCAGGGCAUGGAUUUUAUCCACAUAUUCCCUGUCGUGCAGUGGCUGGUGAAACGAGCUAUCGAAACAAAGGAAGAGAUGGGAGACUACAUCCGCUCCUACUCCAUCUCUCAGUUCCAGAAGACCUACAGCCUCCCGGAGGAUGAUGACUUCAUAAAGAGAAAAGACAAGGCCGUCAAGACGGUCGUUGGCCUCUCGGAUGCUUACAAGCCCCGGCGAAAGUACCGACGGCAGCGGGGAGCAGAGGAGCUGCCAGACGAAGAGUCCCGAGUCCACUCCACACUUCUGGAAUAUGGCAGGAGAUACGGAUUUAGUCGCCAGAGCAAAACAGAGAAGGCUGAGGACAAGAAAACAGCACUUGCUGCAGGGCUGUCAGCUGCAGAGAAAGUGGAUGCUCACGAGGAAGAUGAGCUUCAGGCAGCCGAAGAGCAGCGUAUUCAGUCACUGAUGACCAAGAUGACCGCCAUGGCAAACGAGGAGAGCCGUCUCACCGCAAGCUCCGUGGGCCAGAUCGUGGGUCUCUGCUCUGAGGAGAUCAAGCAGAUUGUGUCUGAGUACGCAGGGAAGCAGUCUGAGCUGUCCGCUGAAGAAAGUCCAGAGAAGUUAGGAACCUCCCAGCUGCAUCAGCGGAAAGUCAUUUCCUUGAAUAAGCAGAUUCUGCAGAAGAGCAAACAUCUGGAAGAGCUGCAAGCGAAUCAUACCAGCCUCAAAGCCAAGUACAGCGACAGGAAGAAGACACUGACAGAGUUGAAGGAUCAUGGUGAGAAACUAGACAAAGAGCAGGCAGCCCUGGAGAAAUUAGAAGCCAAAGCCGACCCAAGCAUGCUGCAGAACCUGAGAGCACUUGUAGCCAUGAAUGAAAGUCUGAAAAGCCAGGAGCAGGAGUUUAAGGCACACUGCCGGGAGGAGAUGGCUCGGCUACAACAGGAAAUUGAGACCCUGAAAGCUGAGAGAGCACCAGGUGAGAAGAUCAUCUCUGGUGGAGAGCCGCAGGGUGCCCUGACCUCCACCAUGACUCACAAUGAGGACCUGGACAGACGGUACAACAUGGAAAAAGAGAAGCUGUACAAGAUCCGGUUACUACAGGCACGAAGAAAUCGAGAAAUAGCAAUUUUGCAUCGCAAGAUUGACGAAGUGCCCAGUCGAGCAGAGCUGAUACAGUAUCAGAAGCGAUUUAUUGAACUCUACCGUCAGAUUUCCGCAGUGCACAAGGAAACCAAGCAGUUCUUCACUUUGUACAAUACCCUGGAUGACAAAAAGGUUUACCUGGAGAAGGAGAUUAGCCUGCUGAACUCUAUUCACGAGAACUUCUCACAAGCCAUGGCCUCCCCUGCUGCCCGGGACCAGUUUUUAAGGCAGAUGGAACAGAUCGUCGAAGGCAUUAAACAAAGCAGGAUGAAGAUGGAAAAGAAGAAGCAGGAGAACAAGAUGAGGAGGGACCAGUUGAACGAUCAGUACUUGGAGCUCCUGGAAAAGCAGAGGCUCUACUUCAAGACUGUGAAAGAGUUCAAAGAGGAGGGCCGAAAGAAUGAGCUAUUACUAUCUAAGAUCAAAGCCAAGGCCUCCUGAAAACUCCAUCUCCGUUUCUGGAUGUCCCUGAUAUUUUUUUAAUGACGUGUAUAGACUACAGGAUCUUGACAUGGUUCUGCCGGUGAUGGCAGAGAGACCCAGGAAAAUUCAUUUCAGUUCUCUAGACGGAUGUUGUCUUUCUCCUACUUGUUUCAUUUCGUCUCUCCUGGCUGCGGCUGAUGGACUCAGAGCCCUACAAAGAACCGUGGGCAGUGUGGAUGACACUCAGAGCCCCAUAGGCAGUGCCCACUCACUCUGACCACUCAACUUCCAUUUCUUCAGUGACACUGCAUUUAUGAAGGUACCGGAUGUGUGCGGGCCCUGAGAAUAAAGAGCAUUAUGUUCAGCAAGUAUUGAGCAACUGCUAAGAAAUAAGCCCUGAGGUAAAUGUAGCCGAACACGGUCCCUGCCCUUAUGGUAUCUGGCAGAGGCCCAGAGAACAACCCUCUUGGUCCCCUCCCCCAAAGCUUGUCCCCUGAAAUGUUUCAAAUGGCUGCUGGAUGAGCAGCCAGCCCGUUCACCUACCAUUGUGCCUUUUGUUCUGGCUUGUCACAGUACGUAAGGACUCUAGGCUGGGUUGGGGUGCAGAGCAAUUAGCCCAGAGGUGUAAAGACAGAAGCAGGCGAGGUUCAGGUUGACUAGAGUCCACCCAUUUGUGUUGUGAAGACUGAUACCAGGUGCCCAUGAUGGCCUUUGGAAACAGGAACCCCUGGUCUGGAGCCGUGCUUCUCAGGCAUCUGCUCUGGUGUGGCUGUAGGUGUGUCCUGUCCUCUGGCUACAUGUGGUCAAGCCUAGCUGUGAGGGUGCUGGAAGCAUAUCCCAUGUUCUUGCACUGUCAGGGUUUCAGUAAAGAUAGGAUGUAUAGACUGUUGAGUACUAUCCGGUCAGACAAGGGGAAAGACUUCGGGUGCUGUGCAUGGAGGAAAAGAUGGUAGUAACAGGGGCAGGAAGACUCCACGGAGUGAACAGCACUUGGGCCAGAGCCAAAAGGAGUAGGAUGUUAGCUGAGAUGGGAAGGAGGGCCUCUAAUAACCCCUAAAUGGUUGGCUUUAGCCUCUGGACAUGAGCAGACCAAAGCAAUCACAGAGCACUCCCAGACCCCCAGGUAUCGGAAACCUAGCAACUGGGUCAUGCUAGGUAAACCCCAGUGUGAGAUUUGUGCUCCCUUCUGUAUAAACUUAGCAUACACAUGAACAGCAGGUUGGGACCAUUAAGCAGAAGCAGGUGGGGGCAUUGGGCAGUCACAGAAGAAGUGCUUCUCAACUUUAGUUUCCUAAUGUAUGAUUGAGAGGCAUGAGGCAUGCAUACUGAUAGGAAAGAAGGGGUGCUGGGCUCAGUGGGUAGGGUGCUUGUCUAGGUUCCAUCCCUAGCAUCACAUAAAUAGACAUGGUAGCACACACUUGUGAUAGAGGCAGGAGGAUCAGGACUUUGAGUGUAUCCUAGGCUAGAAUUUCUUUUGGUGUGGUUGUAGGCAUGAUCAACUACAGGCUGCCUGUAGCCAAGGAUAGCUGUGAAGGUGGCCCAACAUGAAAUUGUAAAGUAAUUUAGAACACAGAUUAUUUUCCAUCUCUUCUCUUAAAACUCCAUUACACUAUGUACUCCAUAAACUUUGUAGGUGGCGGGGUCAUGUUGUAAAAGCAUAACGGUGAUCACUCCUGAUAGAGAGAGAUUGGGUUGGUAACUCUUGGUAGAGAGAGGUUGGUGGCUACUUUGUCCCAUUCCUUAAUCCGCAAGGCUUAAUAGAGAUGAUGAGAGGUUCCUGUUCUUCUGUACCAGGUACAACCGCCCUCCUGAGGAGCAGGCAAGAGAUCUAAACAGAAUAAGGUGGUUGACCUAUGCCUCUCUGAGUCCAGUGCUCUCGUCUUGCCUGGCAGAUUUGUAUUACAGGCUGCAAGUCCAUAGCUGGGUAAGGCUGUUGCUGACACUGUUACCCCAGCGUCUGUGCAGCAACAUCUGACACAGGGAAAGCUAAGCCAUCAGAGGAGAGGCUUCGAGCUCAGAUCUACCUUGAUUUCUCUCUCCUACAUUCAAAGUACGUGUUACCUAAAGCAGUAAUGUCUUACUAUCUGGUUCUGGUAAGCAACAAUGAGCAGCGGCCGACCUGUAUUGUUUAGAGCUUUGUGGGUAGACUGUGUUAUUCUUUCAAUUAAACCUGAGGACCCUACAUUUGUAUCAGACAUCCUAAAUCAGAUAGACAACACUUUCGUGAGUAAUUCCAGCAUGAAGUGGGCUGCUCAGUCUGACUUAUUGUUGGCUGAGGAGAUUCCCUGAGAUCCCUGGUCAGUUCAGAAUCCACCUGGAGGCUGGUGGAAGGGGAGGGCCUCUCAGGGUAGUGUCUUCUGUACCCAGACAUAGCUGUACCCAGACAUAGUAUAGCAUUGUAUUUGGAGCCUACUGGCUUUUACCAGAAUUGUAAGAUGGUGGGGAAACAUCUGUAGGUGAGUCUUUUUUUUUUUUGGUGUGUUUGUUUGUUUGUUUGUUUGUUUGUUUGUUUCAGUGUGUACUUUAAGAGAAGCCAGAUUCAGAGCAGAGAGCUUGUUCACGGGGCUGGCUCCCAGUGCCAUGCAUUCUUAGGACCAGCCUCUAGGUCAGGAGCUACCUCCCCUCCCAUAUGCUUUUCAUGAAGUUCCUGAGGAUGCUCUGGUUGAGACCAAGCUCAGAGCAGCUGUGAGCAGGCUGAGACUGAGGUGAUGGUGGAAGGCCUGGGAGGAUGUAGGGACGUUCUCUACUUCUCCGUGUUCAGUGGUUAGUCGGCCAGCACCACAGGGGCAGUGGCGAGUACCAUAGAAUAUCUGUCAACCUGCAUCCAGAGGUACUGUAAUGAAGCAGAGUCCACGCUGGGCAUAAGCUCCUGUUAGUCUGAUCUUCUGGAUCAGGGUCUGGUUUGUAGCACUUGAUUCAAGAACAGUGGAGACGCAGGCUUGUGGUGGAACCAAGCCAGCAUUGGUCUCCAGGAAAGGCUUUCCUUCUCCAGACUGUUUCUGGGGGACCCCUGAGGACCUUGAACAAAGCACGGGGCAGGCCUUCCAACAGCUCUCUUACUACCUCCCAAGGUGCCAGUCCUAUCCUUGGCACUUUGGCAGACUCCUGUCUUUUCUAUCUUGAAUAUUGUAGUCACUACCUGAAGGGGUAUCUGAGAGACACCCAGCCUGACCUGCAACCCCUAUAGUGCAUCCCUUCUCCAUGGUUCUGUCUUGCCUGCUCCCAAGGUGAUGGAUGGCUAGUUUAAAGGAGCUGGGCAUCCUAGCAAUAACUUCCUACAGGAACUUUGGCUUGUGAAGGUUCAGGCAGUUGAACUGAAUUAUGCUCUGAGAAUUACCAUAAGGAAGUGUUUUAUGAUGUGUUCAUUGCCAGGGUUGGCCACUAAGACAAAGACCUUAAUACAGAGCAGUAUAAUGAAGAGCCCAGUAACAUGGGUGGUAUUGUCUGUUGCAGCUGAGCGUGGCUAGAGGAAGAGUCAAUGCCUUCUGAGAUGCAUCUUAGAGUUUUCCAUGCUCUUCCUUCUAGCAGCAGGUGGCACUGGGCCAAAAUAGUAUGUAAAACAUAAUGGAGGGCCAGGGAGAUGUCCCAGUCGGUAAAGCACGAGAACCUGAGUUAGGAUCCCCAGCAUCAAGGCCACACAUAGCAGUGUGCUCUUGUAUUCCCAGCCCGUGAGAGGAAGACCAAAAGGACCCCUGGGGCUCACUGACCAGCCAGGCCAGCUGAGUUAGUAAGCUUCAAUUCAGUGAGAAAACCUGUCUCAUAAAAUUAGGUGGAGAGCAAUGUAGGUGGCAUCUGAGUUGACCUCUGACCUUCAUAUGCACAGGCACAUACAUAUACAUGCACACACAUCCCCAUACACAUAAAGGAACAUUCAUAUACAAAAAAUAUGCAUGUUUUUCUUCUCAGAAUAACUAUGUAUAAGAUCAUGAGCAGGGCUCUAGUGCCUCAUUGGCAGUGUGUUUGACACCAUGGGGAGUCGCAGCUUCUGUAUCAUCAUCGGCCUGUAUCAAUUUCCCAGAUGGCCACGCUCACCCUUCAUUGAUACUCUCUUCAUGUGUCUGUCCUCUCCACGAUUUUGGAUGAUGUCAUCACAAUGAUCUCCUGGUCAUAUCACAGUCCACUCGUCACAUUCCUGUUGUCUGUCUUAAUGACACAUGUCACUGCUUAAGUUUCCUGAUCCAUCACAAGGUCUACAUCUCUUUUCUUUGGAAUGUGUAAGGGCAGCGGAUGCAGGGACCCUACCCACCUCACUGUGGCUCAUCAGACAGUCAGAACAUUCCAGUUGGUUAAGUUGGCUCCCCAAACUGUUAUCUUUGCAUCCUAUAGUAGCAAAAUAUAGAUCUAACCUAACCUAUGCUCAGGUUUAAACAGGCUGCCAGUUCUAGUCAGCAGCACUAGAGAAGCCCUCUUAAGUCCAUUAGUCACUAACCUUGAAGGAUGGAAUGGAAAAGGAGUUUCCCAGAAGUUUCCAGACUUUAACUACAAGGUCACCUUUUGGAGAUGUGUAGUAUUGCGGCAGGGAAGGCACAUUAAUGUCGAAUAGGGUCAUUAGUGUGUUCUUCCUUCAGAUGUGGUGGACGGAUCUUAGCUGCGUGAUUGAAGAAAAUGGGUGUUGCUGUAGAACAGCAUGCCAUGCAGUGAAUGGCAGAGCUCUAAGCUUACAGCCGCCUUGGAGGACAAUUGAAUAGCAUCACGAAUCCAAUGUACCGCCUUUUCAACCAGCAGUGCCACAUAUAGGAACUUUUCUUAUGUACAGAAACUUUUAUUAAAGUAACGUUUGUAAUAACAAAAGGUUAGAAACUACCAUUAAUUCAGAACAGAGGUGAAAAAAUAUCAUGGCCCAUAUCUACAAUGGGGCAUUUUGCAGACACUUAAAAGAAUAGACCUGCUCUGUGUAUUGCCAAGGAACGUUCAAGGGAUCUUGGAGCCACAUGGUUAAGUGGGGGAAGAAAACAUGCAUGAACAUGCAUGAAGUGCUAGUGUUUGGAAUAGAGAUAAAUACAUGUAAAUGUGUGGAUGCAUAUGUGUGUGCGCGCAUAUACUCACACAUAUGCUUGUGAUACGUCUGCUUGCCUGUUCCCAGACUGUCUCUGAGAAGUGACACAGCAGCCUGGCAGCCUCAGUUGCCGCCUAGAAGAAGGUGGAAAUGACUUUUCACCGUUUGCCUUUUGUACUCUGGAAUUUUGUACCGUGUACAUGCAUUAUCUACUCAAAUAAAUAGUUUUUGAAGUUUAA